GAAGGCGGGCCAUGAGAACAGCUCUAACAGAACCGAAACGCGCCGGAAGGUUCCAGCUUUAAAUUGAACCACGCAAAUGGCUCGCGGGGCGGUUGAGUUUGUAGCAAGGACUAGAAAUCGUAUGCAGGACGCACAGCGCUGUGGCAGGGGCGUGUCCGCCAUCUUGUCUGAGAAGUGGCGCCCAAACAGCAGCUCCGGCCGUACAAGAUGGCAGUUAAUGACUGCACCUAAAGGUAGCACGAGUCCCUCUUAGUGCUUUAAAGUCACGUUCGCCUCGUUCGGCUCUGCUCUGGACUGGUUUCAACAUCCGACGAUUCCAUGUCUCCCGACCGAGAUCCGACAGACCAGUCGCAGCCUUUUGUUGUCCUCCCCCCUUUCCCUCCUUCUCCUCCUCCUCCUUGUUUGUUUAGGACAGCUGCAUUGCGCAUGCGUGUAACCAUGGCGCUCAUUUCUGGGGUCGAGAAGGAAAACAAGCGACAUUGAUCGAAUGUAUUCACUCGGCGUUUGAAAUGACCACCUUUGAGCUUUCACGGAGCCAUUGCGAGUGUUUGUCCACACUGGACAUCGCUUGGAGCCGCUGCCCGCCGCCCGGAGUGACUGGCUUAGCGCGGAUCUCAUCUUUGCUGCCUUGAUGAAGCCAAAACACUGUUAUGACACAUAGCAUUUCAACGUCCAUGUCAUUCUGACGAGCAGCUGAGAUGUCCAAUGACAGCCAAGGAUCGGUGAAGGGGGAGGCAGCCGUAGUGCAUUCUCCCACUGUCUCCGCCUCCUCGCAGGGACCGCCCCUUUCUCCUACCACCUCAAAACCACCUGAGCUGCCAGAUGAGCUCAUUCAAGCCGGCUGGUCCAAGUGCUGGUCUCGCCGGGAGAACCGGCCCUAUUAUUUCAACAGGUUCACCAAUCAAAGCUUGUGGGAGGUGCCUGUGUUGGGUCAGCAUGACGUCAUUUCUGAUCCUUUAGGCCUGAACGCAGCGCCUGCAGAGGGCGGAGACAGUAAUUUGGGUAACGGCCAGAGGAAGAGGCGGAGCUCCGACGAGCAGACAGGGGGGCCUAACAGCUUGAAACGGGCCAAGGUUGAGCCCACCACACCCAUCUCUCCUAGCACACCGGGUGCUAAACCCUGGAGCACUGCCCCUGAUGAUAAACAAACCCCAUCAGCCACGCCAACGACCCCGAGCCCCGCCCCUGCUCCUUACAGGCCAGCAAUUAUCUACUGGGAUCUGGACAUCCAGACCAACGCUGUGAUCCGAGAACAUCCUCCUGCUAACCACUUGCCCCCCCACCCUGAGGUGGAGCUGCAGAGGGCUCAGCUGGUCACCAAACUAAGACAACACUAUCACGAGCUGUGCCACCAGAGAGAAGGUAUUGACCCACCCCGUGAGUCGUUUAACCGUUGGCUGCUGGAGAGGAAGGUCAUUGAUAAAGGUCUUGACCCCUUGUUGCCGAGUGACUGUGAACCCGUCAUAUCUCCGUCCAUGUUCAGAGAGGUCAUGAAUGACAUUCCCAUCAGGUUAUCUCGUAUCAAGUACAAGGAAGAGGCCAGGAAGUUGCUGUUUAAAUAUGCUGAAGCUGCCAAGAAGAUGAUUGACUCCAGGAAUGCCAGUCCAGAGAGCAGGAAGGUGGUGAAGUGGAACGCAGAAGACACCAUGAGUUGGCUGCGCCGGGAUCACUCUGCCAGCAAAGAGGACUACAUGGACCGUCUGGAGCACCUGAGGCAGCAGUGUGGUCCUCACGUGGCUGCCGUCGCCAAAGACUCUGUGGAGGGAAUCUGCUCCAAAAUCUACCAGCUGUCCUCAGAGUACAGUCGUCGUCUGAGACAUACACACCUGAGUCUGCUGCAGGACCCGCCCACAGAGGCGUGCACGUCGCCGCCACAGUCUCGCUUGGUCUACUGUUACCCGCUACGCCUGGCGCAGCCGUCGCCGCCACUGCCACGCGUGGAGCUCCAUUUCGAGAACGAUGUGGCCUGCCUGCGCUUCAGAGGGGAGAUGGUCAAGGUGAACAGAGGUCACUUCAGCAAACUGGAGUUGUUGUACAGGUACGGCUGCAUCGAUGACUCUCGAUUUGAGAAGUUCCUAUCCAGAGUGUGGUGCCUCCUCAAGAGAUACCAGGUGAUGUUUGGCAGCACGGCUAAUGAGGGCACAGGCCUGCAGGGGGCGCUGCCAGUGUCUGUCUUUGAGGCCUUGAAUCGACAGUUUGGUGUUUCCUUCGAGUGUUUUGCCUCGCCGCUCAACUGCUACUUCAAACAAUUCUGCUCCGCCUUCCCCGACACAGACUGCUACUUUGGAUCUCGAGGGCCUUUCCUGUCCUUCUGUCCAGUCAGUGGCUCCUUUGAAGCCAACCCGCCCUUCUGUGAAGAGCUGAUGGACGCCAUGGUGACCCACUUUGAGGACCUUUUGGACCAGUCCACUGAGCCACUGUCCUUCAUUGUCUUCGUCCCUGAAUGGCGCGACCCCGUGACCCCGGCCCUGAGCCGCAUGGAGGGAAGUCGAUUCAUCCGUCAUCAACUGAGCGUCCCGGCCUAUGAGCACGAGUAUCGCUCUGGGAGUCAGCACAUCUGCAAAAGGGAGGAGAUGUACUACAGGGCGGUCCACGGUACUGCAGUACUCUUCCUCCAGAACGAUGCAGGUUUCGCUAAGUGGGGCCCGACUCCGGAGCGUCUGGCCGAGCUGACGGCGGCGUACCGCCCUUCUUCCUCACGCACCUCCUCCUUGUCAUCCCCUGGCCCCGCCAACACGGCUGCAGGCGAUAGAGACUCUGCCUCUAAGCCUGCCGACAGGAUGCAGAGCACGGUGAUCUCGCCAGGUAGCCAUGACAACAACAACAACAACAGCCGUAGCAGCAGUCCACAAGACAAGAUGGCUGCUGUGUAAAGGAGGUGCGGCUUGCGUUGUGACUCCACCCUUUCACUUAGUUUGUUCACUUUGUCCCUCACCAGCAUCUGUAGCACCCUCCGCCUUUGUCCACUUGCGCGUAUCUUACCCUGUGUUGUGAUUGGUGGAAACACGUCUGGACGGUUUGUUGUGUUGCAGCAAUAAUAAACUUCCCACUCGUGACGUCACACGAGGACUCUCUUUGGUCCCCUCACAGACGGCGCUUGGGGACUGGUUGACAAGGCAGCUAUCUUCUUUUUUUGGUUUUCACCCUUUCGGACUAUGGAGCCAGAAACAGGCUGUGACAUCACAGACACGUUUAGAGCAGCAAGCAGCACUUCCGUGUGGACCUCUAAAACCUAAUCUAAUUGAUGGACAGGAAUUGAUUUUAAUUCAUAAAAGUUCACAUGUUAUCAUGAUCUUUUGUGUUCUAAAGAGAAUCCACGCAGCGAUGGCAAGUUUGACUCCACUGUUGCCCUCGUCACCAAAGCAACGGAGGGGAGGUGCAGGCGUGUCAUUUGUAUGUGAUGUCACAUAACAGUAUCGAUAACCUCCUCGGCCCAGAAAGGUCACAUGACCUGUUGUCAGUUGCAAGUGGGGCAGGCUCCUCCCAUUUGAUGCCGCUGGUGUUCUUUGCUGUGAUUGGUCCAAUCAGGCACCUGCUUGCUGCUGUGUAGAUAAUGUACAGUCCAACUGAUCUCAAGUCUGUUGAUGUUCAUUCAGUCCCUCCAUCCUUUUUAUUUGAUUUAAUUUAACAUUUUUAAGGAGACAUGUUUUCUGUAUUGUAAUGUUUACAAUAGUUUGUUCGAAACUAAACCAAAGUGUUAUUAUAAAAAAAAGUCUAUAUAUUGUACGUUCAAGUAGAAGUGUGUCUGCAUCUACACUAAUGCUGAAGUCAAUCCAGCAUCUUUUUUUUUUUGUUUUGUGUCAUGUUCUUAGUGCAUGAAAUGUUUUUCUUGAAUAUUUUCCUGCUUGAAUCUUCACUGCGGAGUGUCUCAACUCCCGUGUUUUCAUUUCUGAGGAGUAGAGCUGAACAAUAUGCAAAAACAUUGCAUUGCCAUUAUUUGAACAGAUUGUUUAUCGUGUGUGUAGUUUUUUUUUUUGUUUUGUUUUGUUUGUUUUGUUUUUAAGUUGACACCUGCUUUUGUGACCAGUUUGGCUGUUUUACUUUCUUUGUUUGGAGCCUUGUAAGCGUUUAGUGUUUAAGUUUUCUAAAAUCAACUGACCUUUUCCAGCAUACGAUGAAUGAAAACAUGCGACUAUUACCUUCACAACACGUCCAAUGAAGUUUAGAUUUGCAGGCUGUUUAAAGGGAAACAUGACUCAUAUGAUACAUGCUUUAUUGUUUUGAGAAAAAAUGAGCUAUUUAAAAUGUUACGGGCUACAGAUAAUUGUUUUAAAUUGCAAUUUCUGUAUAAAGUGUUCAUUGUGAUUUUUAAUACUAACAAAUACCAAUUGCAGCUGCAAUCAGCAGCUUUUUUUUUUUUUUUUUUUGCCCUUGAAAUUGUGCGUUUUAGCAAGCAGAACUUGUGUAAAUAGGAGUGGAUGCAGGCUGGAGAAUGUACAUAUGCUGUUUUACGUCUCGCCUACAGACAA